GAUUGUAUCGACUCAAUCAGCGAUUGAUUUAACAGGCCCGAAAUGUAACGCACGCGCAAACCUAGUUCUUCCUUUCUGCUAAAUUCUUCGCCAUGGCUCCUGUGAAGAAACAGAGCAACAAAGGCUCCAAGGGUGGCAAGAAGAAGAAGCAGGUCCUGAAGUUCACUCUGGACUGCACCCACCCUGUUGAAGAUGGCAUCAUGGAUGCUGCCAACUUUGAGCAGUUCCUUCAGGAGCGCAUCAAGGUGAACGGGAAAGCUGGCAACCUGGGUGGUGGUGUGGUGUCUAUUGAGAGGAGCAAGAGCAAGAUCACUGUGUCCUCUGAGGUCCCCUUCUCCAAAAGAUAUCUGAAAUAUCUGACCAAGAAGUACUUGAAGAAGAACAACCUUCGCGACUGGCUGCGUGUUGUGGCCAACACAAAGGAGAGCUACGAGCUACGCUACUUCCAGAUCAACCAGGACGAGGAGGAGGAAGAGGAUGAGGAUUAAACAUUGUCUGCUGGAUUUUGUACAUUCAAUAAAUUCUUAGAGUAC